CUCUCGCUGAGCUUUCUCUCUUCUCUUCCCUUUCCUUUUCCCUUUCUUCCCUUUUCUCCCCUUCCCCCCCCUUCGUUCCUGUACUAUAGUCCGUCCUUCGUCUUUUGGUAUUCUUGCGGUUCUGCUUGCAUUCCUUUCGUGUUUCACGAGAUUUCGUGUCCUUUCUCUCGCGCUCUCUUUCCUUCGUCUCUUGUUGGCUCUCGAAAGAGAGCUCUGCACCCACUUUGGAGCUUGGAUUUCGUUUGGAGGUCGCCUUUUUGCACGGCGAGUGACAGAAAUGUCCACCCCCAAUGAUCUUCAGGCCCUGCUGGCGAGCAUCAGGCCGCGCCCCUCGCCAUCGGGCACCCCUGCUCAUGAGGCUCCUAUGCCGCAGCAGCACCCCGGCCAGUACCAGCCUGGUUACCGCCAGCAGCAGCAGUUCCAGCCACCCUAUGAGGGCCACGGCCAGAGCUACCCUCACCCUCAUCUUCAGCAGCAGCAGCAACAACAACAUCAACAACACCAUCAUGUCCACCAACACGGCUACCGUCACCCUUCCGUCUCGUCGAACAUUCAUAGCCCUUCACCCGUCAAUACUCCGCCUCACCAUGGAUCGGAUAUUCUUAGCCCGAAUGCUUCUACGCCUCGCGCGGACAUGUAUCCUCAGCAGCCGCACCAUCAGCCGUUGGCUCAAAACCCCGACCGUGCCGUCAACCUCUUGAACCUUCUGAAGUUCAACCAGCCCCCGACCGCUCCUGCCCAGCAGCAGCCGGCGGCGGCGGGCAUGGAUCAGCCAAGAUACCCCCAGGCGCGUGCAGCUGCCCCCGAGGAGGCGUCCAAGGCUCACGCGAGAAACAUCUCCGCGUCCGACCUGGUGGCGUCCCUCUUUGGUGGACAGGGUCAAUCCACUGCACCACCUGUGAGACCGACUGGUACUCACCCGGGUCAGCUUGGGUCUGUGGGUGCUGGGUCUGGCGUCGCAGAGAGCUCUUCGUCUGCUGCUCCGACCGCAGAGAAUACCCAGGAGAUGUUGCUUCGUCUGCUGAACCGCCCCAAGCCCGCUCAGGACGUCUCAGAGGGACCGGUGAGACCUGUUUCUCAGUCUCCCUCUGUUGUUUCGCCCGUGAAGUCCCCUGUGCCUGAGGUUGAGUUGAGCAGUAUUCUGACGCCGUCUGAUCAGGUUGUCCAGGAGCCUCUGACCCGUCCGGAAGAAGUUGUGUCUGGGAGACUGGACAAGUCCGCUUCCGGAAAGGAGUCGAUGUUCACCUACGUCAACCCGUUUGAUCAGCUGGCCGCCGCCUCCCCUCGGAACCGGACCCCUCAACCCAAGUCUCGGAGCGAGAGUCCGGCCGUGGAGAUCAUGAAAAGCAAGAGGGUCAGCAUUGUUACGAAGAAUGAGAAUGCGCCGGCGCCGGACCCGGUGGAGACCCCCGAGGGGGAACGCGCCACGUCGCCCAUCCUGGCCGAAGAGCAGAGAGAAGCUGUUACUCAGGUGGUCGACAAGCUCGUGGAGGAAAUUAGCCGUGAAGUGGAUAGUGCUGCUUCCAAGUCUGUGGAGGAGAAGGUAGCCCGGGUCGCGACAGCUCAAGAAGACAGCACCCAAGCUGUGAUCUCUUCUAUUGCUUCCAACCUGCGGGAGACUGCCGCGGAAGCAAAGGAGGAGACUGACGCUGCUGCCAGCAAUGUGGAGAAAGAGGAUGUUGAAGCCGCCGCUACGCCCGCUGCUGCGAAGGAGACUUCUAACAGUACUAGCGGUGAUGCGCUGGCCGAUAGCUGGGAGAGUGCCGAGGACAGUGCCGAGAAGGAGGAGGAGCGUGUUGUCUCCGUGCACAACUUCCCCUUGAAGCCCUUUAUCUCCAUUAUUGUCAAGGCCCACACCGGGAAACUGGCAACUCUCCGAGAUGAUGGUAUCAUGGACAUCGCUAGACUGAAGAAGGACUUCGAUCAGCUGGACCGCUCGUUGACGUCCGCUACUUCGGACUACAUUGUCUACGCUUUGGCCAAGAACGGAGGCAUGCGCAUCAUUCGUCAGGACGAUGGAAGUGACAAGCAGGCGUUCCGUGCCGUUCGCGACCGAAUCUUCAACGUCGCUGUCUGCACCUCUCAGGCGGCAACCGGCCGCAGCACUGAGGAGCAGGCGCUACUGGGCAUUGGCGUGAGCGGUGCCGUCUACUGGGUCUUGAUCUCGCGCGCGGAUAAGGAUCUCUUUGAAUUGGACGCCCUCGAGAGUGAGAGUCUCAUUUUCCCUCCCUUCCCUGCUUCGGACGAGAACACUUCGGGUGGCCAGCUGAAAACGCGGGCCAAACGGAGCUCUCGUCACCCUGGUUUCUUCGCCAUCGGCCGUGGCAAGAACAUCUACGUGGUCUCUCCUCAGGCUGCUAUGAACCCGAGUUACGGUGUAUCGGGCCCCGCCCGCAUUGUCAACAGCGAGAAGUUCUUCAAGGAGCGUGCUCUGAAAAUUUCGACCGGCAAGGCCGGCAAGGACUUCAUGUUCAGCGAUGAUGAUACGGUCAUUGCCUCUCUUGACAAGACCGGCCGACUUCGCUUCUGGGAUAUCCGCGAGGCGGUUAGCAACCCGGCUUUCUUUACCUCGGGCCCUGGCCCGGCUGAGGUCCGCGUUCCCCUGAAUACUUUUGUGACUGGUUCGCCCGCUGAGAAGUCGUGGCCCACCUCGGUGCUGUUCAUCGACAAGCUGCGGCCGUAUGUGAAGUCGAUGGCACUGCGUUACGUGUUGGUGGGACUGAAGCAGAACCACACCCUGCAGCUCUGGGAUAUUGGGCUGGGCAAGGCUGUGCAGGAGCUCAAGUUCCCCCAUGAGAACGAGUCGGAUGCCAUCUGCAGUGUCGCCUACCACCCUGCGUCGGGCAUCAUCGUCGUGGGACAUCCCACGCGCAACUCCAUCUACUUCGUCCACCUGUCUGCCCCCAGAUACAACUUACAAGCCAUGUCGCAGGCUUCCUUCAUCAAGCGUUCGGGCGAGAAGGAUAGCACCUUGCCCAAGCCGGAGUCCACUGCUUGCAUGAGCGGUAUUCGUGAGAUCUCCUUUGCUUCGAAGGGCCAGCUGCGCAGCUUGGACCUUCUUCCAGUCACCAAGAGCGCUGGCGAAGAGAGUGGUCUGUUCGAACUCUACGUGAUGCACUCGCGCGGAGUGACAUGUCUCAAUAUCAAGAAGGAAGACUUGGGCUGGACCGCCGACAAUAAGAUCAUCCGGCCCGUGAAUGCGCUGGAGGAGGGGCUCAUUGACAUUGCCGAGCUUCAGACCUUCCCCACGUAUGUGGCGGACGAGCCAUCGGUUAACGGCGAUUCGGUCCCUACGCCCACCAAGCCCGCUGCCAAGGAGAUCGCAAAGAAGGUUCCGGAGUUGAACACGGAGGCAGCCGCCGCCGCCGGUCCCAGCACUUUGCGUACUCAGUCACCUACCAAGCUGGUGACCAUCAAGAAGCCAGGUCAGGAGCAGGCCGAGCCUGUCGCUACUGUCAACGCAUCCGAUAAAUCUGAAAAGAAGAAGAAAAAGAAGAGCGUUGCGUCGGCGCCCAUCCCGGCUGAACCCUCGGUCAAGGGCAAGGAGCCCGCGGCCGCGAACGAGGCACUCACCGGUGACUCUGCUGCUACCGUUCAGACCCCUGUUAGCGGCGAACAGUUCAGCGGUGAUGCACAGAAGGCACCCGUUGUGCCGGCACCCAUCUUGACUUCCGCCCCCGCAGCGACAGGGGAUUCGGCCGCUAUCAUCAAUCAGCAUCUGGAAGCCCUGCAGACCGGUGUGUCCUCGGAGUUCAACAAGAGUCUUGGUCGUGAACUCGAAGGCUUGUAUCUCCGCUUCGAUGAAGAGCGUCGCAACUGGGAUGCGGCCUCGGCGGCCAAGCAGGAUCAGGUUCUGCGCCUGGUCUCCAGCACCCUGUCUGACAAUGUGGAGAAGAACCUGGCCCGUAUUGUGUCGAGCAGCAUCCAGACUGACGUGGUGCCUGCUUUGACCGAGGUCACGUCCGCCGCUGUCGGUAAGCAGCUCAAUGCCGUUGUUGCCCAGCAGAUGGGAGGUGUUGUGCCCCGUGAACUGCGGCAGGCCCUGCCCGAGGCCGUGAGUCGUGCCGUGCAGCAGCCCGAGCUGAUGAGAGUCCUGUCGGAUGCCGUUGGCCAGAAGCUGGCGACUCAGGUGGAGAGUGAGAUUUCCAAGGCUGUUCACAACACCAUUACCCCUGCUUUCCGGAACGUUGCUGCGCAGACGGCAGAGAAGGUCACCAGUGCUAUGGAGAAGCAGAUGCAGGCUCAGGCAAGGCAGUAUGAGUUGCAGCGCCAGAAUGAUGCCAACAAGAUCGACCAACUCACCUCCCUCGUGCGUGAACUCUCCGAGACUGUUGCGUCCAUGGCGGUGGCACAGACCGAGCUGCAGGGCGAGGUCGCCAAGCUCAACCGUACCUUAGCAACCAAGCCUAAGCCGGAGGUUGAACAGGCGGAGCAGCCCGUCGUGUCUGCGCCUCCCGUUUCUAAAACUCCCGAGCAAGCCGAGAUGGAGGAGAUUACUCAAUUGAUCAGCCAGGGGCGGUACGAAGAGGGUUCCGUCAGGUGGUUGCAAUCCUCUCAGCAGGCCGAUCUAUUCGACAACCUUUUCGUCCGCAUGAACCCCUCUUAUCUGACCAGCCUUUCGCCCAUUGUGGGCCUGUCGGUUGGUGUUGCUGUGACAUCGUCGUUGCAGACCCACGUCAUGGAGCGUUUGACCUGGUUGGAAGUGGUCUUGCAGACGGUUAACCCGAUGGAUCCGGAUAUCCGCGAGCUUGUGCCCAGAAUCAUGGAAAUCCUCAUUUCCCGCUUGGAGGCUUUGUACAUGUCUGUUGCCGAGACGUCGCCCCACGAUCCCAUCACCCGCAAGAUUGCACCUCUGUCGCGCCGUGCCCGGCUGCUCAGGGGAUAAAAGUUGAUUUGCGCAAGAUCCACGUACUGGUUUAAUGAAUAAUGCUUGGGAUGAGAAAACACGGGGAUAUGUAUGAUGGAAGCACCACUUGCAUAUGGGAACGCGGGGUACCUGCUUGGUUUAUCUGGAGCCUGUCGAGGAUUGUUAAUAGCCUAAUAUGACGAGUGAUGCGGUCAGCAUGUAGAUGAUCCGCCGUUGCUAUGUAUUGUACUCUGUAGAC